CCCGUCUCAUGAAGCGCAGCAGCAGCAGGCAGCAGGUCUGAGGAGGAAGUGCAGCUGUCCAUGUGAUGGCUCGAUCGAUUGGCCGCCGAAUGAGGUUUUAGCUGCCAAGCGAAUGCUUCGAUCGAGUCCGGAAUCUCUGCGUGUGGGUGGUGGGGGUUUUGAGGCCUGCUCCGACAGAUCUGGCGUUGAUUUUCGGUUUUCUUUCUGAAGUAUGAGGUGAGGAGUGUGGAGGAUCAAGCUCUGUUUCUCGCACGAGAAGAAAAAGCACGAGCGGGAGACAUGGGGUAUAUAGGGAAGCAUGGCGUCGAAGCGCUGCAAAGAUACAAGUACAGUGGCGUGGAUAGAUCUUAUGUGGCCAAAUAUGUGCUGCAGCCGUUUUGGCGGAGUUGCGUUAACUUGUUCCCGCUGUGGAUGCCGCCGAAUAUGAUUACGCUUAUGGGAUUUAUGUUCGUAGUGUCAUCUUCAAUAUUAAGCUAUCUAUAUUCUCCAAACUUAGAUCAAGUAGCUCCAGCCUGGGUCUACCUCAUGCACGGAACACUCCUCUUUCUAUAUCAGACUUUUGAUGCAGUUGAUGGUAAACAAGCAAGGCGGACAAAUUCAUCAAGUCCUCUGGGCGAGCUUUUUGAUCAUGGAUGUGAUGCGCUCACGUGUGCGUUCGAGACAAUGGCCUUCGGGUCAGCCGUUUUGAGUGGACGAAACUCAAUCUGGUUCUGGGCUAUCGCAACAAUCCCUUUCUUUGGGGCCACCUGGGAAAGCUUCUUCACGGAUACACUCAUCUUGCCAGAAAUCAAUGGUCCUACAGAAGGCCUACUGCUCAUCUACUCAGUUCAUUUUUUCACUGCGUUUGUGGGUCCAACAUGGUGGACUCUCAACUUCAGGCAAGCAGUACCUCUGUUGCGAUUUAUACCAUUCAUUCCAGACAUGCCUUUGAACACUUUUAUCAUAUGGGGAAUGAUGAUUUGCGCAGUUGUCCCCACCGUUGGCUACAAUAUUUCUAAUGUGCACAAAGUGAUCAAAGCACGAGGGACAAGCAUGGUCUCAGCUUUGGCCAUGGUUUUGCCGUUUGUGGCUCUGCUCACAGGGAUCGUGACCUGGGCAUGGUUAUCUCCCUCUGACAUCCUUGCAACACAGCCCCAUCUUGUGCUCGUAGGCUCAGGCUUUGCUUUUGGUUUCUUAGUGGGAAGGCUGAUUUUAGCACACUUGUGUGACGAACCCAAGGGACUGAAGACGAGCAUGUGCACUGCUUUGGUCGUACUUCCUCUUGGAAUUGCAAAUGCCUUGUCAGCAAAGCUGCUCGGAGGAGCUCCUUUGGUGAAUGAGGUGGUCGUUCUUCUAGGCUAUUGUGCUUACACAAGUUCACUUUAUCUUCACUUCGCCGUUGGAGUGAUUCACGAAAUAACAAGUGCUCUUGGUAUCUACUGUUUCAGACUUGGUAAGAAAAAAGACAUUAAGGGCAAUUGAGGAGCACACACAGACACACCUGACUCCCGGAUGAAGGUUGCUUGAUCACUUUGUCUCCGAUGAAGCAAAAUCAAGGGAUGCCCAGGGGAGGGAAUUGACUCUUACUACAUGGUUCGAUGUAUAUGUUGGGGUGUUUUUCAUUUUGAAUUUUUGUCCAUGUGAUUGGCGGCAGCAUCACCAACGUUACCCAUCGUACAACUUGAAGGGCCAACCGCAAGAGUGGUGCUUUCCGCUGAAGUUUUCGGCAGAUGCAGAGCUGGUUUCUCUUCUCCUCCGUAGGCCUGCCAAGCUCUCAUAGGCCCCAGGUGUCCUUUUUGCAUAGAGUCGCCGUGAAAUAGGAGGCUCGCUUGGUUGUUAAAAAGCUCAUAAAUACGAGCCCUUUCGUGGCCAGUUCUCUGUGUUAGUAAAAUUGUUUCAUUUUCGUUCGUUCACAUC